CAUAAUGUUGAUAAUGUAUAAACCAAACCCUAAUUUAAAACUGUUAAAAGUCUUAUAACAUAUUAUAUUAAUGAUAAAAAUAUCUCCCUUAACACAUAAUGUUCUAAAAGUGUCACUCUUUGCGUGACGAUAUUUAAAACGAUGGAAUCAGCGUUGCAAGCCACAUACGCCGUUCUUGUGAAGACCGAGCCGCCUGACGAUGUGUGUGCACAAAACGAGCCCUCAUGCGAGGUCGUGGCUAUAAAAAUCGAGCCGUCUUGUGUAAAAGACGAGCCUAUGCGUGAGAGAGUGUCUUUUGAAAUGAAGUUGGAAGACGUGUGUGUGAAACAGGAGCCGUCCAAGACAGACGGGGCGGCGGCGGCGGGAGUGUACGCCGGUCGGCUCGAGAAUAAAGAGCUGGUACUUGAGCCUGUGCGCGGUCCCGAGCCAGCGGUGGAGCGGCGCAUCGCUGCUGCCCUAGGGCAAACCCCAAAGGACAAAUCAAGUGCAAAUACGAAAAUUUUCAAAUGUGCUUACUGUACAUACGAAACUGUCAAUCUACUCUGGUUAAUAAGACAUACGAAGACACAUUCCGACAAGAAAUCUAGCAACAAAAGUCGUUUAGGAUGCAAUAAGAAAUCUAGCAAAAAAAGUCGUUCAGGAGUUCAGAAAAAGCAUCAAACCGUUGAGACAUUCAAAUGCGGACGAAUUUAUGCUGGUACAAGCAAAAUUAGUUUACAACAUGAUGUUAAACUUUACAAAUGUAACCAGUGUAGUUUUGCCUGUACCCAAAAAGAUGAUUUACUUUUACAUAAAAUAGUACAUACUGUCAAACCAGGCAACACUCAAAGGAACUUGCAAGAGCUUGAAAGAAAAGAUACUAACGAAAACACAUACAAAUGCAGCUAUUGUAGUGCUUCUUUUUUACAAGAAGUUACUUGGCAAGUACAUGAACGGAGACACACUGGUGAAAAACCCUUCAAGUGCGAUCAAUGCAGCUAUGCCGGUACACAAAUAAACCAUUUACUAAGCCACAAAGCUAUGCAUACCAAUGUAAUUUCUUACAAAUGUAGCCAAUGUGACUUUGCUUGUGGAAAAAAAGAUGAUCUAAUAAAUCAUAAAGUGAUACAUAUGAAUGACCAACCUUUUAAGUGUAGAGAUUGUAGUUUUUCUACUGACAGAAAAUGUCAUUUGCGAGUCCAUCGAGCGACCCACACUGGUGCGGCGAUUUACAAGUGUAGCACAUGCGAUUAUGUUACUAUAAGGCAAAAGGAUCUAGCGAACCAUGAAGCGAGGCAUGCUGUCAAACGUUACAAAUGUGAAAUAUGUAGUUUCGCUUGUAAUCGUCAGUUUCAAUUGAAACAUCAUGAAAGGAUACAUGAUGAGGAGCUUAAGAAGCGUAUCCAGGAGACUCAGGCUCACAACUUAAGAAACUAUCUAUCAAUACAGAAAGAUUCGGCAGAGGAUCAGCCGCCGCCACCAUCAGUACCAGUUCAAGACGAAAUAAUAAUUGACUAAUACCAAUUUAAUUAAUGACGUUAAA